AUGUACCAAGCAACUCAGUCUGCGUUUAUUUUAACUUCCCGCGGGGCGGGGUUUCUCACCACAAGACGAAUCAAGUCCUUCAAAUGUUUCGUCAUCGGUGCAGUUAUCAUAAAUUUGCUACUGUUUCUAUCAUUGGCGUGGAAAAAUGCACCUAGAUCUCCACUCAGCGAUGUAAUGAAUGCAGGGCUAUUGGAUGUUGCUAGCAAUAACAACCCUAAUGAAAUACAGCCUAAACGCCCUUUUGAACUAGGAUUGCCAAAGGGCGGAGCCAGCCUUGAAGCCACUUCUGGUUGGACGAUACAAGAACAAGAGGCGGUACGCAAGUCGGCAUGCAGCUAUAGAACUGCUGUGUAUAUGAAUAAUAAACAUAUCGAUCUCAACCUUCCCCCUUUUGUGCAUCAUGUAAAAAGUAUGACCUGUCUAGAAGGUGGAGAAAUCGCAAUUUUCGAUGAUAAAUUUGUUAAAUUUAACAAUGUGAUAAUUGAUUCAUCAAAAAUAACUAAUUUAAGAAAAGGAGGCGAGAAAAUGGAAGACGUUUGGAACCAGAGUGAGGAUGAAGAAUAUCUUAAAUUAGAGCCUGGUUUUUUUAAGGCCUCAUGCCUAAACCCACCAGUGUUCAACUUUCCCCCGGCAGAUCAUCUGUUGGAGUGGGCCAAGUCGUUACAGUGCUACACAGCCAACGAAACAGUUCUCUCGCAGUACCCACUGUUCACAGGAACCACGCUGGCAAUACAGCGGUAUGAAUAUGUUAAUCUUUACCAUACUAUGACAGAUUUUUACAACGCUUUCGUCCUAAUGUUAAUUUUCGGAGUCCCGCCGUCUAAGCUAAACAUCCUAGCUGUAGAUGCUCAUCCAGAAGGUGCUCUAGACCCGGUCUGGAAAACUCUUUUUGGCAAGUUCUUUCGAGCUGGGCAUCUUAAAGAACCUACAGUAUUUGAAAACCUCGUUUGGGGAUUGCUAGGAUACUUCAGUCCGCUGAACGAGCACGAGAGAACGGAAGUGCCCUAUUUAACUGAAUUCCGUGAAUUCUUUUUGACUCGACACAAUAUAUCCACAGAUCAUGCAAUAAACUGUGACAGACUCAAUGUAGUCAUCAUCUGGCGACGAGACUACGUCGCGCACCCUCGGAAUCCUAAAGGAAGCGUCGUUAGAAAGUUCGAUAACGAAGAAGAAAUUGUUCAGCAAGUUAAAGAAACACUGGGACCCGGUGCAAAUGUCCAAGGCAUGCAGCUAGAUAAUAUGCUAAUGCAGGACCAACUUCAUGUCAUAGCCAAAACAGAUAUUCUGAUGGGCAUGCACGGAGCAGGGUUGUCCCAUAUCCUCUUCCUUCCAGCCACAAGCGGUGUCAUAGAAUUCAAGCCAGAGUACUCGAACCCAGCCCUGCAGCACUUCAAAGCAUUCGCAUACUGGCGAAAGCUACCAUAUACCAUCUGGCACAAUUAUGACACCAACAACGAAAAAGAAUUCCAUAAAACUUACAUUCCCAGAGAUAUUGUUAAGAAAACCGUUACUGAAAUUUUCCAAGAAAUAUGUAAAACAGUGCGAUGA